GACUCGGGGGAUGGACACAAGCCCAGCGCCACAGCAGGCCCGGCCCCCGUGGCCCGCACUCCUCUGCCUGCUCCUCGUGUCCACAGGGGGCAGCGGGAGCUGUCCGGCCGUGUGUGACUGCACCUCCCAGCCCCGGGCAGUCCUCUGUGACCACCGGAGACUGGAGGCUGUCCCCGGGGGGCUUCCGCUGGACACAGAGCUCCUGGACCUGAGUGGGAACCGCCUGUGGGGACUUCAAAGAGGCAUGCUCUCGCGACUGGGCCUGCUCCGGGAACUGGACCUCAGCCACAACCAGCUCUCCACCCUUGAGCCUGGUGCCUUCCAUGGCCUACAGAGUCUGCUCACCCUGAGGUUACAGGGCAAUCGGCUCCGAAUUGUGGGGCCGGGGGUCUUCUCAGGCCUGUCUUCCCUCACACUGCUGGACCUCCGCCUCAACCAGAUUGUGCUGUUCCUAGAUGGAGCCUUUGGGGAGCUAGGCAGCCUCCAGCGGCUGGAGGUUGGGGACAAUCACCUGGUGUUCGUAGCUCCGGGGGCCUUCGCAGGCCUGACCAAACUAAGCGCGCUCUCCUUGGAGCGCUGCAAUCUCAGCACGGUGCCUGGCCCAGCCCUCGCCCAGCUCCCAGCGCUGGCGGCACUCAGGCUUCGAGACCUGGACAUUGAGAGAUUACCGCCUGGGGCCCUGCGGGGUCUGGGGCAGCUAAGGGAGCUGGAGAUCCACCACUGGCCAUCUCUGGAGGUUCUGGAGCCUGGGAGCCUGGCCGGGCUCAAUCUGAGCAGCCUGGCCAUCACACGCUGCAACCUGAGCUCCGUGCCCUUGCAAGCACUGCACCACCUGAACUUCCUCCGAGUCCUGGAUCUAUCCCAGAAUCCCAUCUCGGCCAUCCCAGCCCGAGGGCUCAGCCCCCUGGUGAGGCUCCAGGAGCUCCGGCUGUCAGGGGCCUGCCUCACCUCCAUCGCUGCCCACGCCUUCCAUGGCUUGACUGCCUUCCACCUGCUGGAUGUGGCAGACAACGCUCUUCAGACGCUAGAGGAGACAGCCUUCCACUCUCCAGACAAACUGGUCACCCUGAGGCUGUCCGGCAACCCCCUGACCUGUGACUGCCGUCUCCUUUGGCUGCUCCGGCUCCGCCGCCGCCUGGACUUUGGCACAUCCCCUCCGGCCUGCGCUGGACCCCAGCAUGUCCAGGGGAAGAGCCUAAGGGAGUUUUCAGACAUCCUGCCUCCGGGACAUUUCACUUGCAAACCAGCCCUGAUCCGAAAGUCAGGGCCCCGAUGGGUCAUUGCUGAGGAGGGGGGACAGGCUGUUUUCUCUUGCUCUGGAGAUGGAGACCCAGCCCCAACUGUGUCCUGGAUGCGGCCUCGGGGGGCGUGGCUGGGCAGGGCUGGCAGAGUAAGGGUCUUGGAGGAUGGGACGUUGGAGAUCCGCUCAGUGCAGCUGCGGGACAGAGGGGCCUACGUCUGCGUAGUCAGCAAUGUCGCUGGGAAUGACUCCCUGAGGACCUGGUUAGAAGUAAUCCAGGUAGACCCACCAAAUGGCACUCUCUUGGACUCCAACAUCACCAUGCCCGGGAUCCCGGGGCCUUUCUUUCUGGACAGCAGGGGUGUGGCUAUGGUGCUGGCCGUGGGCUUCCUCCCCUUCCUCACCUCGGUGACCCUCUGCUUUGGCCUGAUUGCCCUCUGGAGCAAGAGCAAGGGCCGGGUCAAGCACCACGUGGCUUUUGAAUUCGUGGCACCUCGGCCCUCUGGGGAUAAGAACUCUGGGGGCAACAGGGUCACUGCCAAGCUAUUCUGA